CCUAACACAUAAAACGUGCGCACGCGCGCGCGCGCGCGAGAGAGAGAGAGAGAGAGAGAGAGAGAUGGAGAGGAAGAGGGAGAAGGAGAUCAAUGGCGAGGACGCGGCGGGGGAGGAGGAGGAGGAGGAGGAGGCGUGGGGAGGAGGAGCGGAUUCGGUGCUUAAGCUCACCGCGGAGGGCUCCUCGAUCUCCAUUCGCUACCACUCACUCUUCGGAUCCCACGAUGAUCUCCUCCUCCUCGAGGUCGACGACGAGCUCCUCCCCGAUGUUCUCCACCACCGGGUGGUCGUUCGCGGGCAGCCUGAUGAGGAAGCCGUUCUAUGCACGCCUUCCGCUACAUACGCCAUGAAGUUUGUAGGUACAUCGAACUCGGUGUUUCUCAUACCACCUGGAAAAUCUACCCCUCUAAUCGCAAAUGAUGUGAUGACCGACAGCAAUGGAAAUUCCAUAGAUACUCCUGAUGUAGUCGCAUCAGUAUUCAAAGUCGCUCCAGGAAACAUCGAAUUAGUCCACGCUGCCCCGAGGCUUGACAAGUUGAACCUGCUUCUAACCAAGAGGCCUUAUAGACUAGAUGAAGAUCUAGAAGACGAUUUACAAUACGAUAGGGACCUUUAUACAUAUAAAGGUCUUUUAGAACAGAUUCAGGCUAGCGAAGAGGAGCUGAGAGAUGGAUUAAAGGCCCUUUCAGCUGUUGAGAUUGAUGGGUUCUUGCGGAUAGUGGAUUCGAAAUCCAUGAAUUUGGUCCUAAAGGUGAUAUUAAACAACUCAGUCUUGCAUGAAUGGCCUUUAAAUGCCCUCGAGGAAGAUAAUGUAGCAGUCGUCAUGGAGUCAGAUGGCUUUCCCCAAAGAAUUGUUCUCCAUUGUCUUGAAACAUUUGGAAGCAGGGUGGAAGGAAACAACUUGUGGAGCCUAGAUGAGAAGAAGGUAUGUUUGCAAUUUGCCAAAGAAGCUUUGGAUGGAGGGAAGAUGAAGAUGGAGAGUUUCAUGGAGAAAUGGAUGAGAAGCAUUCCUUCGGUGAUGCAUGCUGAACUGCGAAUGCUCGAGGGAGAAGUGUUGUAUGAAAAGAUUGGAGUCGAAACUUGGGUUCGUGCUUUCAGUGUUGCAGCUCUUCCGUCAACUCCAGCUGAGCGUUUCGCAGCACUUUUCCAGGAGCGGCCAAAGUGGGAGUGGAAAGAUUUGGAGCCAUACAUAAGGGAUUUGAGAGUGCCGGGUCUUUCUUUAGAAGGUUUGCUUAUCAAGCAUACUCGAAGAACACAACCAAGUGCGGAUGUUGAACCCAUUUUUAGCGCAAGAUAAGCUGCCCAGUCUUUUGCUCUCACCGUCAGCUCUCAGAUUUCCAGCCAACGCUUCUUGUUGAGUUCCUGGUAAUGCAGUUAUUCAAAAGUGCUUUAUUGUUCUUUGUAAUAUGUUUGAGGCCUACAGUGCCAUUUGGAAUGUCGAGUCGCAGCUUUUCUGUUGAGGUGUUCCCUUAAGCAUCCAUGAUGUUAAAUUGCUGUAAUAACACUCUUAUUGUACAAUCUUAUUCUGAAAAAUUGUUUGAGGGUUUGACCUCUUCAGGUU